UGAGAAAGCAGCAGUAAAACAGUGAAUUCACACUCUCCUCAGUUCAUCUCCAGCUUCUCCCCACUGCCAAUCCAAACACCAAUUCAGCUCUUGACUCCACAGCAGCUAAGGGGGACUGGAUCUAGGGGAGAAAAAUAAAGAAGGGAAAAACUAUGAGAAAUCUCAAAUUAUUCCAAUUAUCACUCAUUUUCUUCUCUUCGAUCUCAUUGCUUCCAAUCUUAACUCUCGCAUUCUCCGCCGAAAACCCUACCGAUCGGCGCAUUUUAGUUUUGCUGGAUGACGUUUCACUCAAAUCCUCCCACUCCAUCUUCUUUAGUUCUCUUCAGAGCCGCGGUUUUGACCUCGAUUUCAAGCUCGCCGAUGAUCCCAAAUUGACCCUUCAGCGCUACGGCCAGUACUUGUACGAUGGAUUGAUUCUAUUCGCUCCCACCACCGAGCGGUUUGGAGGUUCGUUGGAUUUGGCGGCGGUCUUGAGCUUUGUUGACUCUGGUCAUGACGUCAUUGUGGCCGCCGAUUCCAAUGCCUCCGAUUUGAUCCGUAACAUUGCCGCUGAGUGCGGUGCGGAUUUCGACGAGGAUCCUUCUGCUGUGGUUAUUGAUCACACAAGCUAUGCUGUCUCAGAUACUGAGGGAGAUCAUACAUUGAUUGUCUCUGAUGAACUUAUCCAAUCUGAAGUUAUUUUGGGUAAAGAAAAGAUUGAGGCACCUAUACUUUUCAAAGGGAUUGGUCACUCGCUGAACCCAGAAAAUAAUUUGGUUCUGAAGGUGCUUUCGGCCUCUUCUACAGCAUAUUCUGCCAAUCCUAACUCAAAGUUGUCAACCCCUCCGUCUCUUUCUGGAUCUGCUAUUUCAUUAGUUUCAGUUCUGCAGGCCAGGAAUAAUGCACGAGUUUUGAUUUCUGGCUCAUUGGAACUGUUCAGUAAUAGAUUGUUAAGAGCAGGUGUUCAGAGAGCUGGACAUUCAAAGAAGUUUGAUAAAUCUGGUAAUGAACGCUUUGUGGUUGAAGUUAGCAAGUGGGUUUUCCAUGAAAGGGGACACCUCAAGGCUGUCAAUGUUAGACACCAUAAAGUUGGUGAAUCAGAUGAACCUGCGAUUUACAGGAUAAAUGAUGACUUGGAGUAUUUUGUUGAGAUAUAUGAGUGGUCUGGAACACGGUGGGAGCCAUAUGUUGCAAAUGAUGUGCAGGUGCAAUUCUAUAUGAUGAGUCCUUAUGUGUUAAAAACCUUGUCAACCAAUGAGAAGGGGCUAUAUCAUACUUCAUUUAAGGUGCCAGAUGUUUAUGGAGUUUUUCAAUUCAAGAUUGAGUAUCAGAGGCUUGGCUAUACAAGCUUAUCACUUUCUAAGCAGAUUCCGGUACGACCAUUUAGGCAUAAUGAAUAUGAAAGAUUUAUAACAACGGCUUUCCCUUACUAUGGAGCAUCAUUUUCCACGAUGCUUGGUUUCUUCAUCUUCAGUAUUGUAUACCUCUACAGCAAGUAAAUGACUUUGAGGAAGUCUUUUGUCCGUAAUUCAGAAUACUAUCUGGCGCCUUUUUCCAUGUUAGGCCAUUUUAUUCAUGGGUAAAAGAGAGGAAUUUUUUGCGUUUACAUCUACAGCAAAUGUACUAACUUAAUUGUUAUAGUCGAGGCACGUUUGAUUGUAUCCAUUUUGUGGAAAUGCCUAAUUCAUCGUAGUUACGUUAUAGCAGGA